AUGGGGCGCAACUUUCCUGAGCUGCUAGUCAAGGACCUGAAGAACUCGGCAUCAAUCUUUACAUCCAGGCAUAUGACAUUAGGCCCUCCAGAACCAACUCUACUUACUGAGGAACCGGAAAUACAUGACGACUGCCCCGUUAUGGCAAGAUCAGAUAGGCCCCCGUCUUGCUACCAGCUGCCUAAACUUAAAAGAUUAUCUGCGGUGGUUCCUAAUCUUGACCCGGCGACUUGGCUAUUCGAACAGGACAUAGAACCGGUAUCAUCUUCAAGCAGUGAAUCAUCAAGAUCCUCUUUUGAGAUGGAAUCAAUUCCCACACGGCCCCGCCAAGAGUCUGUAAUAACAAACGGUACAAUCACCUCCGAAAGGCCAUGUAUGAGCAAAUCCAACACCUCAAAAAGUUCAGCAAAUCAUGACCGCCACCACCGCCAAAAGAGCUGGGUGGAUUUGGAUCCCGACUCAACCGACACCGAGGCAAGCAAAUCAUCUUCUGAAACGAAGCCCUCUACCGGAAGUUCCUCUCAGAAUGCCACAAAAUUCAAAAAGUCACCAUCACUCAACGGACACGGACAAGGCACGCGACGCUUUUUUGCCCUUCAGCAGACCCGGUCUACAGAGAGGCGUGACGAGGAGCCGUCUCCCACAAGGAAAAGUACAACUGUAGUGACAUCUAGUAAUAAGAAGACAUCAAGUUCUGUCAGCAGCCGGACUGAGGACAUCUCAGCAGGGAAAGGCAGUUUGCUCUCGACUAGGAGAGCAUCUGUAGUCCGCACCUUGUCACAUAUCGACACAAGCCUAGGAUCGCCUAAAAAUAACAUGGAGUUCUCAUCACCAGUUUGGCGCUCACCGCAAGAUUCGCAACAAGGACCACCAAUUCCGCUACCGCCGGAUGUUGUCGAGACGCUUACGGUUUGCACAUCUUCUUUCCCUGAGACGAUGCUGCUGUGCUCCAGCCUAUCUGUUGAGACGAUCAGGACAUAUUCGCGCAAAGUCAAGCGACCUGGUUCUCCGGAAAACAGCGAGGCUCGCAAGCUUCUCCUGGAAGGUUCCACCCCGACUCACCCAACCAUGCCGCCAACACCACCACAAUCGGCAGGCUUCUCCCGCUGGCGCUUCUCCAGCAUGUUGUCGCCGAUGAAGUCGACAGCCUCAUUUAUGACCUCUAGCAGCGGCAACAGCAACAACAAUCACGGUGAACAGCCACGGUACUCAACAGAAAGUAACCCAUCACGCACCGGCAGGCGAUCAUCCAAGACCCAAGUUGGCCGUGGUAGCCCUGCGCCGGCGCACCCAGACUUCGCACGGUUCAAGUCUAUCUUUCCAGGCGUGGCAGAUUAUCUCUGCGACGCGCUCUAUGCCCACAUUGUUGUGUACAACUACAUAGUUCUGUUCUGCGGCCCUGCGACCUUCUCUGCCAAACCCUCCCGCGUCUCCAGCCCACGCUCAGCGACGAAAACAGAUUUCUGCCCAUCCCCGGCGCCACGAGUCCAAAGCAGUAGCAGCAGCACUACCACGAAUACCUCCACAACCACCACCACCCCUACUACCACCAACUCUCCAAACAACAAGCAAAACCACAAGGUCCCGAAAAAGGCUGCCCAUGUUCUCGGAAUCGCCAGGCCAGCCACCACAGUAUUGUCCUCCCCACGUGCUACAGACGCCUUCCACGCUCACCUGGCCGAGGCGACGCGAGCAUCCCUGGUACGUGUUAGCGCCACGGACCUGGAGAUUGUCGAAGUCGGGCCCAAAAAGACGAGCAGCAGCAGCGGCAGUGGCAGCAACGCCCAGUCCCCUCAAAAGAUUUCCCGCAAGCAAUCGCGCAGCGAAGAAGACGGCGCUGCUGAGCAAGACGAGAAUGCACCGCUGCGUGCACUCAGGGACGCGCUGGGGUCGUGCAUCGUGCGCCUUAUCAAAACUAUGAUGCUCAUGUCCUCUUCCCCUUCUUCUCCCUCUUGCUGUCCCAACGACGACGAGAUUGACAUCGCGCCGGAGGGGGGCAGGGUCGGUGCCUCAGAUCCCGUCGACUCGUUGCUCGUCCGGACCCUUUGCGAGAUGGUCAAGUGCUGCGAGGAUGUUGACUGA